AUGCAUCUGUUCUACCGAGACAAGUGGGAGGUGGAGGGGCUGCAGACUGUGGGGAUCCUCCUGGUGGUCUGCAGCUCCCUCAAACUGAUGCACUUCCUGGGGCUUAUCGACAUCUCUGUGGCAGACAGCGUGGAAGAUGACUUUGAGUUAUCUACUGUCUGUCAUCGCCCUGAAAGCAUGGACAAGCUGCAGGAGCAGACUAAAUUCACCAAGAAGGAGCUGCAAGUCCUCUACAGGGGUUUCAAAAAUGAGUGUCCAAGUGGAGCGGUGAAUGAGGAGAACUUUAAGAACAUUUAUUCUCAGUUCUUCCCUCAGGGAGAUUCAAGUAUGUAUGCACAUUUCCUGUUUGAAGCCUUCGACACAAACAAGAACGGCUCAGUUAGUUUUGAGGAUUUUGUAUUUGGAUUGUCCAUCAUCCUGAGAGGGACCAUCAAUGACCGGCUAAACUGGGCAUUCAACCUCUACGACCUGAACAAGGACGGCUGCAUCACCAAGGAGGAGAUGUUGGACAUAAUGCAGUCCAUCUAUGACAUGAUGGGGAAGUACACUUAUCCCACCAUGCAUGACGAGGCUCCAAGAGAACACGUAGAGAGUUUCUUCCAGAAAAUGGAUCAGAAUAAAGACGGUGUGGUCACCAUAGAUGAGUUCAUUGAAUCAUGUAAAAAGGAUGAAAACAUCAUGCAGUCCAUGCAGUUGUUCGACAACGUCAUCUAAGGAUCUGGACCAGCAGGGAUACUGGCUCCGGGGGUGGGGGUGGGGGGCAGCGUGUGUGUCAAAUAGGAAUCAGGAUUGAAGACAGAGAGAGAGUUUAUGGAUGCGUGAGUGUGUGUAUGUUUAAUUGUAUGGUUGAAUAACGUGCAAGCUUGCGCUUGUGUCACCACUGAGAGCUGUGAGUCCUGAGGGUCCUCCUCCUGGACCCCCAGCGGCAAUUCUCUCACGGACAGGGGAGAUUGUUCGACUUAUGUCGUCUUCACAGAGAACCAUAGUUCUAUCCCAGAGGUCCAGAGGAAGACGCCUCGCAGUAGGCUCAACACCACCGACAUGUUUAACAUUCCCCCUGUUUUAUUGAUUUUUAUCAAUACUGCUGCCGAUGGAGGAACUACCACAGCCCUCUGAAGGCCAAACUCAGAACAAGGAGGCUGUCAACGUUUGUGUAAGAUUAUUUUCUCUCUUUUUCCCCCGUCCUGAUCCUUGGGUUUGUGACGGAGAUCCUGCCUCUGCGCAUCUGGGAAAACCUCCCCGGAGCUGGCCACGGAAAGGAAGGAGUCCAUGGCCACCUGGUGGACGAGAGCGAGAACACACACUUCCUGAACACACUGGAGAUCCAAGCGAUUCUGUUUCAUAGAUGGAGGUUUAAAACUAUUGUUUUCCACGAGGAACUGAUUUCAGUAUCGCAUGAUGAUGUCACUAUAUCUAAUUAUGUAUUUACAGAGAUACUCCAAAGUCUGCUCGUCUGUCUGCUGUUCCUUGUCACUCACAGGUGCCUCACCCUUCGUGUGUAUGUGUGUGUGUGUUAGCGUGUGUGUAUGCGUGUGCAUGUGUAAAAGAGAAAUGCUGUCUAUCUUAUUUAUGUAAGACAAAAUUGGGAUGACACUCACUUCUCUUCAUGGGAUUCUGGUAGGAGAAUUCCUGGCCUUCCAACUUUAACAGUCCUAGCAGUAGUUAUAUGUUGACUGUUGUACUAUUUAUAGCCUCCCCAGUAGUGUGAUAUUCACCAGUAUAACGUGGGGGUUGUAUCACAGUUAAUGAGUUCUUGGCCAAUCAAGUAUCUCUCAAUAUGGGCUGGAAUACAACAGUCGUAUCGUUCUAUCAAAGUACACUCAAAGGGAAUUUCAUAGAUUACAGACCGUAUUUGUGAAUUCUUUGUAAUCUGCAAUUUCAUGUUGUUGUAGCUGGUUCAAUCACUUAAAAACACAAAUCCCAUGCUGAAUUAAAUUAGGCCAAUCCCAUUUCAAAGAAGUAAAUGUGUUUGUGUGCAUCAGCAAUGAGGGACAUGUAUGUUUUUUUUUUUACAAAUCACCACAGUCCUUUUUCUCUACUCUGUGACACCAAAAAGAAAAUAAAAAUUAGGAUGCUCUGUAUUUAGCUGGACAAAAACAAGCUAUCAGAGAUCAAUUACAGGCUAAGUGGCUUGUCUGCACACUGUCCAGACUGGAGCGGAGUUCUGGGUUGUGAACCUUCACGUUAAGGCCCGAUGAAUAUUAAUUUUGGAACCAUUUGUAAACCCUCUCUUGUUUCUUUUCACGCUAGAACUUCUCUUCAAUCUGAGGUAAUGUACCAGAGGCCCACAAAGCUUAAUUAAAUUCAGAACCAAGAGACUAACGUGGAAUAGCAAUAACGUUCUAAACACAGUACUUUUUCUCUCCUCCAGCCUCCAUUCUUCUCUGAGAACAGUGUAUAGGGGUGCACUAGAGUUCAUUUGAAAAUGCACAUUUCCAAACCUGUAAUUUCUUAUUUCUCUGUUCUGCUGAGUCAAGAUUGUUUUCCUGGACCAAAGUGUCUUUGCUUCAGUUGUUUCUGCCAAGAUUUUUAAAGUUGUUUUCCUGACCCUUAGUAAAACCUGUCUGUACCCGCAUGUGCUCUGUCUAGAACAAAGAAAACCUACUAACCUGUUGUACUAACUGUCUAGUUAGCUAGCCUCAGCUGGUUACCUGCAUAUUCAAAAUGUGUAUAUUUUGUACAGAGACAAUAAAAAAAAAUCACAGUUACUAUGCAAAAUGGGCUGAAACUUG